AGGCUAACUCAGGGCAGGCUAACUCAGGGCAGGCUAACUCAGGGCAGGCUAACUCAGGGCAGGCUAACUCAGGGCAGGCUAACUCAGGGCAGGCCAUAGAUAUCUAUGAAGGCAGGCUAGCACAGGGCAGGCUAGCAGGCUAACUCAGGGCAGGCCAUAGAUAUCUAUGAGGGCAGGCUGCUAACUCGGGGCAGGCUAACUCAGGGCAGUCUGGGGCAGGCUAACUCAGGGCAGGCCAUAGAUAUCUAUGAGGGCAGGCUGCUAACUCGGGGCAGGCUCACUCAGGGUAGGCUGGGGCAGGCUAACUCAGGGCAGGCCAUAGAUAUCUAUGAGGGCAGGCUGCUAACUCGGGGCAGGCUAACUCAGGGCAGGCCACAGAUAUCUAUGAGGGCAGGCUAGCAGGCUAACUCGGGGCAGGAGGCUAUAGCAUAUUAUAUGAAUAUAUAGCAGGUAUAAAGCUAGUUCACGCGGUUUAAUUGGCUAAAUAGUCACGUAGUAAACUAGUCAUCAUGUUAACUGAAAAGUCUUAAAUUCUUCAAUAAUUUCCACAAGCUAAGGAGAAGUUUUUCCUGACGUCGUUUCCGUGCAGACUCUCAGGAUAAACGUGGUGUUUCUGUAACCGUGAUGGAGCCGAAGCCUUCAGCAGCAGUGAUUAGUUGUGUUCCUCCUUAUGGACAUGUUCUCAUCAACGCCAAGUGGAGGGGAUCAACAUUAGUGCAGCACUUUAAAGGAAAUGUGAAGACCGUCUUCGAGGAGCAGCUUGGUGUUGUGGACCUUCACCUCAGUAACAAAAGUUGUAUCUUGUAUGUGUCAGAGAGUGACUUGGUGGCAGGGAAUGAUUACAAGAGAAAAAUUGUUAGAUUCAGAAAUGCCAAUAGUAACUUCUGUGGGAUUGUUGUGGCGGAGAAGACUCAUCUCAGUGAGCAGUACUUCAGUGCACUGCAGAAGUUUGUGGUGUUGGAGCUGGGCCUGACCCUGCUGCAUGUCCCAGGUCCUGCUGAAGCAGCCCAGCUCAUUGCACAGAUGGUGCAUGGAGAGAGCAAGGAGAACCCAUUCCGUAGGAGAAGCACAGCCAGACUUCUGGACCCAGUGGUGGUGAACUUGGUACAGCAGAUCCCUGGGGUUGGCAAGGUGAAGGCCAUGGUCCUACUCCAGCACUUCUCUAGCAUCCAUAAGAUCUGCAACGUUUCAGUCGAGGAGCUGGAGCGUGUUGUGGGCCAGGCCACUGCUCAGCACAUCUGGGCUUUUUUCCAUGACAUACUUCCAUGAUGGAGUGACACCGGACACUGUACAGAGACUUUCACACAGGAUGUCACAACCUGCUCUUUGCAAUGUAAAGAUUCGAACCUAAUGCAAAACAGAUACUCAAACUCGGAGGUUAUCAAAAUCUUUUUUAGGUCUUAUUCAAGAAAAACUGAAUCUUUUUUUUUUUUUCUUCUUCUUCUAUUCAGGCAACAUUUCUAAACCGUUUUUCUGCUGUGCAAUUAAUUUGUUUGUUUGUCCUUUGAAAAAAGUGCAUACACACUGUCAUUUUAUUUUAUAUGUUUAUUCCUCUUCAGCAACUUCUUUGUCCUGGAUAAGGCUCUGGAGCUUGUCCCAGGAACGCGCACGCACGCACACACGCGCACGCACGCACGCACACACACACACACACACACA